AUGAAUUGUCAUAACAAUGUCUCUGAAGGAAUGACCAUUUCUGGAGGUUGGACAUACGUCACGCAUUUCGGUGAUCAAGCUGUAUCCCGACUCAGUUACCUGCCAGCUCCGACUUACCAAAUUGCGCAAGAGCUUGGGACCUAUGCGUGUAACAAACCAGGACCAAUUCUCAACGGGGACAAUGCUACAGCCGUAAUGACCAUCCGCGAGUGUCCAAGCUUGGAAAGUCCAGAGAUCGAGCUGCCGUGCAAGAGCAACACAGACACAGAAUUCCUCACACUCGAGCACGCAGAGGCGAGUUACACCGAUCGUAUCAGAGGUGCACACAUCCCAGCCCCAGACUCAGCAUCAGUACCCGCUCCAACGUUGACCAUCCCAGGGUGGAGGCUCAGACCUGUACCACGACCCAAGGCAGGCCACCGUCUAUAUCCUGGUCAUUCAGACCGUCCCACCUAG